UUCCGAAAGAAGAAAUCAAGAAAGCGAUUUGAUUGGUUUGAAAAUUCAAAAUAUGUCUGACUUUUGAAGAGCUCUAAGUUAACGUUGUUAUGACGAUACUUUAAUGUGUUUUUGAGUUUUGGUAAUUUUGGUUGAGGUAUAGUGAUAUUUUUUAUUAUGGCUUCCGGUGGAACAAGGAUUUUUCAGAUGUCAAACAAUGUAGAGAAUCUAUCUCCACAAAUAAUCAGAGGGGUUGUGAAAGAAAUGCAAGAUCUAGUCAAUAACCCACCCGAGGGAAUCAAAGUUCAAAUAAACGAAGAGGACGUUACUGAUAUACAAGCUUUCAUUGAUGGACCAGCAGGUACACCUUACAUGGGAGGCUUGUUCAAAGUCAAACUUGCUCUCGGAAAGGGGUUUCCAAUGGAGCCACCAAAGGCAUACUUCAUUACAAAAAUUUUUCACCCCAAUGUAGCAUCAAAUGGGGAAAUUUGUGUCAAUACUCUUAAAAAAGAUUGGAAAUCUGAUCUCGGAAUCAAACAUAUACUAUUAACCAUAAAGUGUCUUCUAAUAGUUCCAAAUGCUGAGUCUGCUCUUAAUGAAGAAGCCGGCAAGUUACUUUUAGAACAUUACGAUGAUUAUUCACAAAGAGCCAAAAUGAUGACAGAAAUACAUGCUCAACAACAUAAAUGUAAAGGCCUGCCAGGAGAAGGUCCUAUGGCCAAAAAACAUGCUGGGGAUAAGAAAAUGACGGCGGAAAGGAAAAAAAUUAUGAAAGAGAAAAAGAGGACAUUGAAACGUUUAUGAGACUUUAUGGACUUUUUACUUUAUAUGAAAUAUUACCAAUAAAUUUUUAUUUAUAUGUUUUUAGUUCAAGAAUUGAAAUCUACUGUGCAUUUUGUUGAGAAUUUUUUUUUAUUUAGCGACAAACAUUUCAUAGUACUCCUAACUUUUGCCAAUAAUUUGUUGUAUAAUUAAACCCCAUUAAAAUUUUCAAUGUAUUGUUAUUAAAAGAGUUUAGUUUUUGGAAUUUAUCACCAAAUCUAUAGAAUAAAACUUCAUUUAAAAGUUUCAUUCCGUUUAUUGAUAUAUUUCCUUAAUAUGAGUUAGGAGAGCAAUCUGAGCGACUGAACCUAGAGCUAGUUAAAACUGCUAUUAUUUUAGAUGAAAUUGUAAGCCUCAUUAUCCUCUGUGAUCUAGAUGACCUAGUUUUCAGGUCCUGAAAAAGAACCUAUUCUCAAUAUCGAAAAUCCUAUUUUGAAACUAACAAUGUAUUCACAUGAGUAGCUGUAUUUUACAAAACUUGUUCUGAUUUUUACAUUCUAUAUAUUUGGAAUAAUUCUGAUUACGAAAUUUACAUGCAUGUACUCAAAACAAUUUUCAUUGAAGACAGUAAUAUUUCGUUUUAUGUUUGGGUGAUAUUCGAUUGAAUCAAAACUUUGAUUAAUUUCUCAAGAGUAAAAGGUUUUUCAAUUAUCGGAUAAAUAACUCUGAAAUAUGUGGUAUGCAGUCUCAAUUUUGUUCAGUUUCUCAAAAUGUAUAAGAGGAAGAAAUAUGUAUCACAUCUACAUGUCUUUUUAAAUAAACUGUUUUUUUUUAUAUUUAUUGAGAGCAUUGAUAGUUGGCAAUCAUUUUAGGUUUUCGUGAUAGUUUUAUAUAUAAAAAUUUGUAAGUAGUAGAACCUUUGGUGAAUAUGAUGAAAAUUAAGUUUUUCAACAUCAAAAAUUUAAAACACUGCAAGCAUGUUUCUUACACAAGUAUUGUAACUUGAAAUAUGGAGGGAAGUUUAAUAACACUUUCAAAAACCUCAUGAUAAAAGGUAAGCCUCACAUCAUUCUCAUCUUGUAAAAACAUGUUAUGUUUUGAUGGUGGGAAACAUAAUUUCAUUUAGAUUCACUAUCUACUUUGUUUUGUUUCAUUUAGGAGGCGUGUUCUUUGUUGAGCAUAUUUUCACUAACUCUUAACAAGACCUCGUUAACCUUUGGUCUGUCAGACUGGCUGGACACUUUAUGAUUUUAUGGAAACUUGAAGAGAUACUUGUUUAUCGUGAUUAGUACCUUUCUUAGCGAUAUGAUAUUUCAGGUUGUUCAUAUGCUUGCUGUACAACAUUGUUUGUAUUGUAGUGACUACAGCGAAAAUCAGUCAGUGAGAUCAGGGUGAUUAUUGGUCCAUAUACUUUGUUGAGGUAUUUAUUCAGGCAAAUUGUUUUGUUUUCCUCCAAACAAUCAAUUGCAAUUCAUUCAAUAAAAGAGUUUUUACUAGAAAAAACAAAAGUGGCUGAAUCUGAGUUAUAAUGAUGAGGUAGUCAUGAGGUACUAUGAAUCUGAUAUUGAAAAAUUGGAUCAUGAAGAUGAACUAAUAGGUAGUGAAUUGCAGAAAAAAUUAGAGUGGAGAUGAAAAAUAUGCAAAGCAUAGCUAUUUGUCAGUUAGGUACUUGAAAAUUAUUUUCUGAAAUUUAUCAACAAGUGAGUUUAGAACUGCUUUUCAUCAGUUUUGCCAAGGAAGCAAUAAUAAAAAAAUGUUCCUUAUAUUUUAUACAUUGCAACUUUCUGUAACUGAAUUUUUAAGUAAUAAACAAAAUGAGAAUUUUGAAUGCUAACAGGUAUAUAACAAUGCUUGGCAGACACAUUGUGACCAAAUCAUAAAAAAACUAGUGCAUUUGAAAAUUCAUAAUCAAAUCAUUUAACUCUGGUCUGACAGACUGAUACGACUACAGCUUUCAAUAAAUAUGGCAUGAUUAUUGAAAGGUUAAAUAUCUGAAUCUUUAUCUUCAGUAUAUUAUUAAUGCAAUGCUCUGAAUUCAAUAUUUUGAAAUUAAUGUUCAACUGUUUCAUUGAUAAUUUUCUAAAUAUCUGGCCACACAAGUAGAGACCAACACAUCACCUCAGAUAGAAUUGCGCUAGACUAAUCCGCCAGUUUGAAACACCACAGAUUGAUUGGACCGUGUUGGCUCACUAAUGCACAGUUAAAAAAAAAUUUGUAAGUCAGAUUAUACAGUUAGUCCGUUCCAUGCAAAACUGUCCAUUAGUGGAAGUAAACUACAGAAAUCUGCGAAAUAAUCUGUAAACAUUGAUGUUGAUUUUGAGAGUGCUCUACAGUCAUUGUGAUUCGUACAUUGAGUUAGUACAUAUAGGUAUGGAAUAAUGUUGAAAAAUAAAAAAAACUUGCGCUUUUUUGUGCCUUAGUGUACGAAGCUAAUUCGAACAUCAAAAGUUAACAAGUUGCUCAGAAUACAAGAUCUUGAUCAUCUUUGCCAAGAUAUACAAACUUAUAACUGGAAAAGGGCAAAGCAGGUUAUCUUUAUUGUUAUAUUAGGAAAAUAAAUAUUUCAAAAUGAAAUUUCGCAACAUUCGCCUCACCCAACGUGCCUAUAAAAUAGAAAACAAUAGAGUAGAUCACCUACAGAUUGGUUUCAGGGUAUUACCCCUCGUCAGUGCAGGAAUGAUUCGUCUCGAUUGUAGAUGAUCUACUCUAUUGUUUUCAGCACAGUCCUGCUGCUGAAUGAACGAGAAACAUUUGCAAGACUAUCAUCGAAAUUUGCAUAAAUAUCUGUAGUAUAAGAUCCUACUGUAGAAACAUUAGGAGAGGUGAAUGUUUAGAAAUUUAUUUCUCGAUACGUAUUUAUCUCUACUUGAUACAAUCACCAGAUUUUUUCAUUAUCAUUACUACAUUAUUGUUAACUUACCUGCAAGGUACAUUCUUCCGGCACUUCAGGUACUGUGCAAGAUUUAUAGUCAUUUUUUUUGUUUUAAGACUUUUUCUACAAAUUCAUGAUUUCAUCUAUGCCAACCCUAAUUUUGUUAACUUUCAUCUAACUUGCACUUUCUGUGCUAGUAACAAGCAAUCCUUGACCUGUUGUAGAUGAAAAUAUCUCAGAUGUGGUUCGUAAAUGUCAUCAGAACCAGCACACCUUUGCUGAAAUGCCUCUGCUUUCCAAUAAAUUAUUUUCGAAAGGCUAUGCUUAUAUUGCUUUAUACGUUAUAAAACUUUUGUCUUCAUUCACAAAUUUAAUUAUAUAUAAUUUCACAUGAGUUCAUAAGCCUUUUUAAGUAUAAUUUCGCAUAAGUUCAUAAACCUUUCAUAUAGUCAUAUAUUCUCAACUUGAAAUUUUCCACAGAGGAUAACAACAGAAAAUUAUCAAUAAAAAUAGUAAUAGCUUCCACACCAUAUAAAAUAUAUGGUGAGUGAUCUGAAGGAUCACUCACCAAAUGAAGAAAUCGGUUUUGUUAGGUUAUAUUUAUUUGAUCGAGUUUGAGUAUAUGUGAGCCACAAUAAACCAUCGCGGAUUGCACUACAGAAGAUAGACAUAUAAAACAAUUACCUUAGUGUCUAGGCAAAAUGAAUUCUCUGCUAGUAUGUCCCUAAGCAAACUAUCUGAGUUGAUAAGUAGAAUUUGUAACCUCUGCCAUGAAGUGAUUCUAUUGAAAACACUCUUUCCCCACCGGAACCAAAAUACUGUCUCUUGAGGCGCGUUUUCAGUCCUGAUGUUGCUAACUUGGUUAGCGCAACACGCAAUUGAACUGUUUGAAUAGCGACAGAUAUGUAUGUAUGUAUGGCCACUGUGGCCAGCUUAUUUGUUUUUUGUCCAAUUUUCAUUUUUGUCAGUAAUAAGUUAGAUUGUUUCAAUUUGAAUAUUUUAAAUGUGGCACAGUAAUAAAUUAGGUUGUUCCAAUUUUAAUAUUUUGAAUGUAGCACAAUAUCCCAACAUUUCAAUUGAUUAUUUGGCUCUGUGAGUUUUAGGAUGUGUUCUUGUAGUUAUUAGAUUAAUUUAUAAAUAGAUUUAUUCUGUGGUGA